AUGACGUGGAGAACUGGUUGCCCUGGCAAGUACAAGGUCCGAAUACCCGAACCUGUUGUUGUCAGAUAUGAUGGUAGCCAGAAGAAGGCCUCUCUAUCUCUCAUUAUCAAGCCAACGGACCCUGUCCCGUACUCUUCAGAUAGAGUUGCUCCCUAUAGAUAUAACGCGGUUGCGUUGGAAGAUGGGAAGGAGGUGCCUUUGCCCUCCACUUCUGUUACAAGCAUAUCUGACGUCAGUGGUGUGACCCGCAGUGGUCGUGUUUUUUCGGUGCCGCUGAAACCCCAUGAAGACGUGUUGAAGAGAAGAACUAAUGUUGUUGAUAAUUCUGCCAGUCCUAUGGGGACUUCUUCUUCUUCUCCGAAUUUGGCACUUGUUGUUGAUAGACCUGCCGUUGUUGCUAAAGCUCCUGUCCCUGUUGUUCACAGUAUAAAUAAUGAAUUAAAGGAUUCGAAACAGAUGCAAGAAGUUGUGAGAGCUUCCAUUGUUCUAUACUCCUCGGUGUACAUACUCACAAGCUUCUUCGGAUUCCUUCUAUUUAGUGAAGAAAUAUUCGACGAUGUUCUUGCCAAUUUCGAUACCGAUCUUGGAAUACCGUUCAGUCUUAUUCUCAAUGAGGUUGUUCGGGCUAGCUAUGCCACGCAUUUCACGCUUAUAUUUCUAGUAAUCUUCUACGCAAUUCGGGUCAACAUCGAUGGACUCUUGUUUUCUUCUUCAUCAAGGCUUUUGGUAGAUGAUAGCUUUAGAUUUUUCUCUAUUACUUUUUCUCUUGUUGGCAUUAUGUUCUUGGGAGCAAACUUCAUACCUAGCAUUUGGGAUAUUUUCCAAUUCAUUGGAGCAACUACUGCUCUUUGUGUAGGAUUUAUAUUUCCAGCUGCAAUCACUCUCAGUGAUAAACACAAGAUAGCAACUAAAUCAGACAAGAUUAUAUCAGUUUUUAUGAUCAUCCUUUCAGUAUUAUCAAGCGUUGUGGCUAUAUACAGUAGUGCUUAUGCCUUGAUCAAGAAGAAUAAAGUUUAAUGAUAUAAUUUACAGGGUCAUGGCCAAAUGUAUAAAAAUAAAAUCAUGCUUUUUUGUUUCUUGUGGAUUAUGAUAUGUUUAUAAUAAUAUAAACAUAGGUAUAGCAUGUAUAUAAAUCAUCAAUUACUAUUUAAUCAAAAAUUACGAGUCAUCAUGAUAAUAGAAUUAAGUAUUAUUGUGUUAUAAAAUGCAUAAUAACUAUAAUAAUUCAUUGU